ACGUAAUUUAAAUUAAUAAAUUUAUUAAUAAUUUAUCUUUUUUUUUGUUUUCUUCCCUUCUAGAAAUUGUUCCUCGAAAUAUUCAAGAAGAAAUGCAAACUAUUUAUAUAUCAUUAAGUGAACUUCUUCGUCAUUUCCACCGAGUUUACCUUUAAUUGAAGAAAAAAUUCAUCGUGUUCAUGAUACAAUUGAACGUUUUCGAAAAACACAAGUUAAUGCUUUUAAAGAAAAAGUAUCAACUGAUCUUUUAACAGAUUUUCAUUUUGCAGGUCAUAUGGAAGAUCUUAUUUGA